CAAAUGAACAGUAAUCUGAGCUGCUCGGUCAAUGCAGCAUUUAGCCUCUUUUAGAAUAGGAGAGUGAAAUACACUCUCGUCUCUAACAUGUAGGCUCAGCAUUCCGGAACAGUCUCAUUACAAGUCAGAAUGUUGAACAAACUCCAUUUCAACUUACUUCACCUGUUGUCUUCCGAUUUUGCCACUAUGUCUGAGGUAAUCGGAUACAAAAUAUCCACAGGGAAGUGUUAUUAAUCAGACCUUCAGUAUGCUGGUCUGUAUAUUGAUUUGUAUUUCCGGUUUUUAUUUUCAAUACUGACACAAUUCGCACAAACACUUGCACAAUAUGGCCGAGCCAAACCGAACCACAGGGUGCAUGUUGUCCCGCACAAUCAGCUGGCAAAUUUUACUAACACUUCCAGAUUGAGGAAACGUGCUUCGGAUGAUACGUUUGGUUACAUUUGGCUAUUGUUUACAUAUUGUGCAAUGUGUCAGGAGAUUGAAAAUAAAAGCGGCAGAACCUACCGGUGCUGCAAAAAGUUGGGUAAACAACACUUUCCUGUGUAUACCCUAUCUCCACCUCCUAACUUCAAAAGGACCAACAGCAUGUACAACCGGUAAAAACGACGUCGAGGCUGUGGAUCCCAGGGGAAGGACACCGCUCCACCUGGCUGUGUCGCUGGGCCACCUGGAGUCGGUGAGAGUGCUUCUGAGACAUGGCGCUGAAGUUACCAAAGAGAAUGCCAAGAAUUGGACAGUGCUGCAGGAGGCAGUCAGCACCGGCGACCCAGAGAUGGUGCAGCUAGUGCUCCAGCGGCGAGACUACCUCAAAGCCUCCACAGCUCUGGGAGGAGUGCCUGAGCUUCUGAGCAAGAUCCGUGAGUCCCCAGAUUUCUACAUGGAAAUGAAAUGGGAGUUCACAAGUUGGAUCCCUCUCGUUUCCCGGGUUUGUCCCAGUGACGUGUGUCGGAUCUGGAAGAGUGGGGCCAGCCUGCGUGUGGACGCCACUCUGCUAGGCUUCGAGAACAUGACCUGGAUCAGAGGUCGUCGGAGCUACAUUUUCAGGGGAGAUGAUGCCUGCACAGAGUUGAUGGAGGUGAACCAUGACGAACAGGUGGUGGACACGGAACGCUUUGACAUCUCCAGGGAGAUAGAAGACGUAACGCUGGACUCCAUGCAACCUGCAGAACAGGAAGUGGCCAAGCGGCUGACCACGCCCGUUGUCAAUACCUUUCUGGACACCAGGGACAUUGCUUUUGAGAGAAAUAAAUCUGGGUUUUGGGGUUGGAGGAGUGAUAAAACGGAAGUUGUCAAUGGUUUCGAGGCUAAGGUUUUCACUGUGAACAAUGUAAGCGUGGUGAUCCGGACGAGGACAGAGCAUCUCACCGAUGAGGAGAAGGCUAGAAUAAAAAGUGAGAGGAAUGUUCUGGAGGCUCUUCUGGGCACAGUGGAGCAGCAGAUAAGUGCUCAAGGGGACCUCACGCUGGAGUACGCGACAGCCAACAACCCCACCGCUAUCACACCGGAGGAGUACUUUGACCCUGCGUUUGACCUUGAAGACCGAGACAUUGGCCGGCCCAUUGAACUUACCAUCCGAACCCAGAAGUUCAAGGGUACAUUGUGGAUGAGCGAGGAACACCCCCUCUCCCUGGUGGAGCAGGUCACCCCCAUCAUCAAUCUCAUGGCCCGGACCAGCACCCACUUCGCCCGGCUGCGGGAUUUUGUCACCCUCAAGUUCCCUCCAGGGUUCCCUGUAAAAAUAGAGAUUCCCCUAUUCCAUGUGCUCAACGCCCGCAUUUCAUUUGGCAGUGUCAACAAAUGCAGCACGGGCGAACCCUUGGAGACACCCCCCUCCGCUGCCACACCCGAGGAGGAGGCGGAGGAGGUGGAGGAGGUGAGGGAGGAGGGCGGCUGCAGCAAAGCUGCAGUUCCCCCUCUAUUCCAGGUGUGCCCGUCGGUGUUUGAAGUGCCCCCACACUACCGCCACCGAGGAGGGGGUGGCAGCCGCCACACGCCGGUGUCAAAUCAUGACGAGGAGCUACUGCAGUAUGCCAUCCACCAGAGUCUGCUGGAGUCCGGUGGUGGAGCCCUGGGACAGGAAGUGACCUGGGAGGAUGCCAAUGGUGACCUCACAGACCCCAUACUCAGUAGCCAGAGUGACGGAAGCAUCCCAGAGGGGGUGCUGGUGGACUUGGGAGACACCACGUCAAGUCAGGCGAGCUCGGGCACCUCGGCCUCCAGCCCCGACACUGACCUCCGCAUGGCCAUGGAGCUGUCGGCCCGGGCCCAGGCCGAGGAGGAGAGGAGGAGGAAGGAGGAAGAGGAGGAGCUGGAGAGGAUAUUGCAGCUCUCGCUCACAGAGAAGUAAAAAAAGGAAAAUAGGAGGGAAAAAAAUAAUAAUUAAGGCCAUGCCUUGCCAUAACUGCAUUAACUGUUCAUUGAUCAAGAAGCGGCCACCACCACACCCCCAAUCCAGCCCCACCCCACUCUCCUCCUUCACUACAAUCUGCCAUGACACCGGAAAAACAUCCAUGUAACAUAUGUCAAACACAACCAUCUGUAUUUAAUACUUUAAUACCUAUUUUUGUUUAAAAAAAAAAUAUUUAACAGAUGUAUUGCUAGAUUUGUAUUUCUGUAUAACACUUAGGCUCUGUCUUAAAAGUGUAGAAGCUGUCAAAUCCUUGAUUCCUCCCGUCCUUUUAAAACAGAGCCAAAGCCACUCCGCUCUCCCGAAGAGGUAUCCAGGUAUUCUUUGAUAUUAUUUUGGGAAGGAUUUCCAUUGGAGUGUAAGGGUUCCAACAAGUGAUUGUGUUUGUUGGGUGUUGUGAAGAGCAGGUUAAACUUGGGACCGGUAGCUGCUUUAGUUGUGGCUCUGGAAGGUUGUUGUUUUAGAGCCCUGGGUCAUGUUCAUUAGGCACCAACUGGAAGGGAGCAGAAUGAAACCGGGAGGGGCUACCUGCACAUUUUCAGUUUCCUGUUGCAAAAAGUUUAAAACAUGUUUUAUUUUUUUAUUAAGAUGACCCUGGAAAUGGCAUUCGAGUCACACAGCCAUUCGGAAAAAUUGAAUAUCUCAGGGUUCCAUUGUUCUACAGUUCCUCUGAAACUAGUGAAAGUGCAGUAUGUUAGUUUAUUGUAGACACAUCGAACAUGGUUUUCUGGUCAUCAAUAUGGAUUUUUUUCAAACAAUAUGACUUGCUGGUGCUUCCAACCCUUUUUCUUCUCGUGCUGCAAGAAUUCAUGUUUUGGAUUUGUGUUGUCAUUGACGCAAUGUUAAAAUGAAAGUGAACUACAUGAUCAUUCAAA